CCCACUUCCCCGCUUUUGGGUUUUCCGGCGACGACGGAACUGUAUUCUCGUUCUCCAGUUUUAAUUGCACAGCUCAAUUUGUAUUUUUUCGUUUGUACUUCGUGUCAAUUCUGUGGUUUCCAAUUUCAAUUUUCUCCGGCGUCAUUUAAUUUCCAUAUGAACAAUAGCAAAAUGAUGGGUUUCUCUUCAAUUGACAUGGGUUUUGUUUUUUGGACGAUUCUCCUAGUUUUUUUUUGUUCUACAUUAAGAUUUUUGUAGGUGAAUUGGGUUUUUAUUGUUGGUGUGGUUGUUUUGGUGCAGAAUUAUAUGCAUUGGAGAUUUGGAGUGUGAAUGUUGUGGUUUGGUCUGAAACUCUCUAGGGUUAGUCAGUUAGUGACCCGAUUGGGCUUUCGGAAUCUAGGUGCUCCUUCAUCCGGAAAUGUUGAGCUGGUUUUUAUAAUGGGAAAGAAUUGUACUUUUUAGUAUUUGUCGAGCAAACAUGGUCAUAAGCCUAUAUAAAUUCAUAUAAUGCAUUAGAUUUCCAAUUUGUAGAUGUAUCUUGUCAGACGUUGAACACUGCCUCCACUGAGGUCUUACAAGAAGACAUCAUACGCUUAUUUUCAACUUGUGAGAAACGCAUGAUGGUUAGACCAUUUUAUGUAUUUGAAUCACGUCGUCUGCAUCAUCGGAUUAUUGGUUGUGGUGUUGUAGACUUGUAUUUGGCAUUGGUGGAAACCACAACAAGUUCAAUGCCAAUGGGUGGAGUUAUAGUAUAGUGGUUAGAGGUUCAAGCUGAUGUACUCAGUUAGAUAAGUCUUACGAGUUUCUUUUCUUCUAAUCAUUGUCUAUUUAUGGUAACUCAUAGAAAAUCUUGUUUUGGGAAGAGUGGGUAGGGCAGUCUUUUGUUAUCUAUCAUGUCCUCCCAUCUACAGAUCUACUCGUAUUUUCAGUAUCCAUUAUUUGGUCAAUCCUAGUAUCCUUCUUUUCACUUUUGUAUGAACAAUAUUUUAAGAUUGAUGAAGGCUUGAAUCUCUUUCCCGUCUAAAUUCAUUUCCAUGUGAAAGUGGCUUAUCUUUUUAGAUUCCUCAUUGGCUUGGUUGAUGGUCCCUGUAUGGUAAAUUGCAACAUAACUCUUUGUUUUUAAUCAAAAUUUUCAAUACAAUUUUUGUUUCUGGCUUGAGGUUGCCUACAAUUUUUCUUCAUAUUUAGUUUGUGGAUGGCAAUGAACUAGUUUGUUGUCAUAAACACAACAUUUACGUAUAUUACACACACCUAUACUAAUUGCCUCUAGUAUUCUUUCAGUAUAUUUUAAGUAUUCUUUGGUUGCAGGUAAGCUGUGUUGACUGUUGAGCAAAGGAUUUAAUGGAUUUUCUGUUCAAAGGAGUGAAUGGAGAGGCUACGGGUUGCCCCUUUGAUGAGAAUGACAUUCUAAGAUUUCCAUUUUUGAGGAACCUAAACAAACCCACAUGCUUUUCUUUUACUUCUGUAAAUGUUCCCAUUCCUGUCCAUGGAGCCAAAGGUCCAAUAUUUGAAGAUGGUCCUAAUUUUGAUAUCGCCUUUAAUCUCUUUCAUGGGAAGGAUGGUGUUGUCCCACUGUCAGACAGGUAUUCUGAGAACAACAUUCUGGAAGUGAAACCGGAACCCCAGUUCAAUCCCUUAGCUGCCAAAGCUGCCACCAUAAGUCUGUCAGCAUUUGGACCCGGAGGGCCUUUUAGUUUUGGUUCCUUCUCUGACAAAGGAAAAAGCAUAGCUCAAACGCGUCCAUAAGAAUGAACACCCUGUGCAGGCAGUUUCCUCUUUUCCAGCUUACUGACUUUAUUAACUCUAAUGAGAACAGAAAAGAAUUUGGAAAGGAAAAGACUAUUAUUGAGCUAGUGUUUUUGCAUAUACGUCUGCUAGCAUGAAACAUGUUUUGGAUUAUGGUUAACUAUAACCGACCCUUGGGAAAUUUUGGCUUGCUCAGUAAGUUUUGAAUGUGUGUUACUUGUUUCAUGUUCCUUGCUCGGUGUCUUGAAAGAAAAGAUCAAAAAGUUUUUAGAUAAACUCUUGACUUGGAUUUUUCAUUUCCAUUUUCCAGUAAG